UCCAUUAAUUUCAACCACUUGAAAUGAGUGGAUCAGGCAAAGGUCUCCUCGGUUUGUGGCUCUAUAGAAAUGGCUCGGACUGGGAGGUCAAAAAGGAAGCGCCUCACCAUCCGAAACUUGGAGAGAUGAGGUCCCAAACCCAGCCGGAGGGGGAAAGAAUUUCCGUCAUCUUCACUAUUAAGAACCAAGUGGGAGGAUUGGUGCGGGUUCUGACGGUAUUCCAAGACCUUGGGAUCAACGUACUUCAUAUUGAAUCGAGGAAAUCAGCAACUGAAAUUUCCGCUUCGGAUAUUCUGGUCGAUGUAGAAUGUGAUCCAAGACUCAUGGAACAGUUGAAAAGAAUGCUAAAACGGGAGGUUCAAGAUUUCGAGCUGGUUGCCUCCAAUACUGGUGACGAGUUCCCCCCACCAACACCGUUGUCCGCUGCUGCUAGUUUUGAUUUCGGUGAAAUGCCGUGGUUUCCUCGCAAGAUUUCUGACUUGGACCGUGCGCAGAAUGUUCUAAUGUACGGUUCAGAGCUGGACGCUGAUCACCCUGGCUUCAAGGAUCCUGUGUAUAGAAAACGGCGUGAGCAAUUUGCAGCGAUUGCAAAUAAUUAUAAGUAUGGACAACCGAUACCUCGUGUGCAAUACACAGAAGUGGAAAUCAAAACCUGGGGUAUUGUGUUCCGUGAGCUGCACAAGCUGUAUCAAAUGCAUGCGUGUGAAGAAUAUUUGCAGAAUUGGCCUCAACUGGUCAAAUAUUGUGGAUACAGAGAGGACAAUCUCCCUCAGCUGGAAGACGUGAGUGCGUUUUUGAAGCGCAAAACGGGAUUUCAACUGCGUCCCGUUGCCGGGUACCUGUCACCAAGAGAUUUUCUGUCUGGGCUGGCGUUCCGCGUGUUCCAUUGCACGCAGUAUAUACGACACUCUUCGGAUCCAUUUUAUACGCCAGAACCUGAUUGCUGCCACGAGCUUUUGGGCCACAUGCCGCUUCUGGCCAAUCCUAGUUUUGCCCAGUUUUCUCAAGAACUGGGAUUGGCUUCACUUGGCGCUUCUGACGAAGAUAUCGACAAAUUAGCUACGCUAUAUUUUUUCACCGUGGAGUUUGGUCUUUGCCGUCAAACGGAUGGUACAUUCAGGGUGUAUGGAGCUGGUCUACUAUCUUCUGUAGCAGAACUUAAACACGCGAUAUCCACUCCCGAUAAGAUCAAGAGAUUUGACCCUGAUGUCACUGUUAAUGAAGAAUGCAUCAUUACGGCGUAUCAAAACGCCUAUUAUUACACUGACUCCUUUGAAGAGGCUAAAGAGAAGAUGAGGGCCUUCGCGGAGAGUAUUCAGCGUCCCUUCGGCGUCCGCUACAACCCUUACACCCUAAGUGUCGAAGUACUCAGCAAUGCACAGAAGAUAACCGCUCUAGUUAGCGAAUUGAGAGGCGAUAUUUGUAUCGUAUCGUCUGCUAUAAAGAAGAUCUCCGCUCAGGACUCGACGCUCGAUGUUGAAACUAUAGCGAAUAUGCUUCAUACCGGAUUGCAGGUCAGUGAUAGAAGUCCUCAAAGUGCUUCUGGAGGAAGCUCUCCUAACUCAGAGAGGGGUCAAUCACCUAGAUCAGAUAAUUAUAAAUAAAUUCAUGAUAAAAUGCAUUUGAUAUAAAUUAAAAACAAACUAUUUUUCCUAAAACGGCAUUAAUAUUUUCUGAAUUGUAUUGACAAUAUUGGUCUUAGAUUAUACAGGGUGACUCAAAGGAAAGUUUAUAUUUUGUGGAUGAAUAAAAAAAAA